AAGGAUGGGGACAUCGUUCUGGGAGGGAUAUUUACCAUACACUUAAACAGGUUGGAGGAGAUCAAUACAUUUACCAAAGCACCGGAAGAAAUUAGAUGCAGAAGUUUUGAUUUAAGACAGUAUCGCCUGGCACAGACCAUGAUUUUUGCUGUAGAGGAAAUAAACAAGAAUGAGCAACUCCUCCCUAACGUCACACUGGGCUACAGAAUUCACGAUGACUGCGGCUCCACUAAAAUUGCAACGCAAAUUUCUCUGGCUUUUGUGAAUGGGCAGGAAGAAACCUACGUGGACGAAAUAUGUGCUGCGUCUCUCAGCGUCCCCGGUAUUGUUGGCGGUGGUGGAUCCUCAGUAUCUAUAGCAAUGGCAAGAACAAUCGGACCUUUUAAAAUACCAAUGGUUAGCUAUUUUUCUACAUGUGUGUGUCUCAGUGAUAGAAACGAAUAUCCAACCUUUUAUAGAACAAUUCCAAGCGAUGACCAUCAAUCCAAGGCCUUGGUUCAACUCGUUCAGAAGUUUGGAUGGACUUGGAUUGGAACCGUUAACAGCAACAAUGACUAUGGGACCUCUGCAAUGAGAGCCUUUGUCGAAGCUGCUGAGGAUUUCGGGCUUUGCAUUGCCUUCUCCGAAUCAUUUCACAGAACGGACCCCGCAGAGAAGAUCACCAGGAUAGUUCAAGUGAUGAAGGAGGCGACCACAAAGGUCGUGGUGGCCUUUGCCGGAUCCGGGGAAAUGCGCGUAUUAUUUGAGGAAGUUCUUCGGCAAAACCUCACUGACAUACAAUGGGUCGGCAGCGAGGCAUGGAUAACAUCGGACAUCGCUGCCGACGAAAGUUCUGCAUUUCUUCUCGGAACAAUCGGGACUGCAAUGAGUGCGGUAGAGGUUCCCGGACUUAAGAACUUCCUCCUCAAAGUCCACCCCUCCACCUCUCCAAAUGAUCCUUUCGUAAAUGAGUUUUGGGAAACGAUAUUCGGAUGUACUCUAACUUCAGGCGGCUCCCAAUGCAGCGGGAAUGAAACCCUGAAUGAAGUAUACAACGCCUACACAGACCUAACCAUGGAUGGAAGUUCCUACAAUGUAUAUAAAGCAGUCUAUGCUUUCGCUCACGCCCUUCAUAAUAUGAUGUCAUGUGAAAAUGGAAAUGGCCCAUUUAUAAACUAUACUUGUGCAUAUAUUCCAAACUUUCAGUCGUGGCAGCUGCUUCACUACUUGAAGUAUGUAUACUUCAUAACGAAAACCGGGGAGGUGUUCUACUUUGACGACAAUGGUGGUCCAGUGGCCAGAUAUGACUUUGUAAACUGGCAACUGAAUUCAACUGGUCGCAUUGAAUUUAAGACAGUUGGAUAUUACAGUGGAGCAGCACAUUCCGGUAAAGAGGUGAUGCUCAAUUCGAAGAACGUUGUUUGGAGAGCCGGUCAGCAGGAGAUUCCCCGGGCAGUCUGCUCUGAAAGUUGCCCUCGUGGAAUGAGGAAAGUUGCCAGGAAAGGACAACCGAUUUGUUGUUUCGACUGUACUUCCUGUCCAAAUGGAGAGAUUAGUAACACUACAGACUCCAUUAACUGCUUCAAGUGUCCUCCCCUGUUCUGGUCCAACGAUCGGAAAGAUCAAUGCAUCCCGAAGAAAAUAGAGUAUCUGGCUUUUACCGAAAUCCUGGGCAUGGUGUUGGUGUUACUCGCUCUGGUUGGAGUGUGCAUGUCUGGACUUACAGCGGGUCUCUUCUUUAAACAUCGAGACACACCUCUGGUUAAAGCUAACAACUCUGAGCUGAGCUUCCUCCUUCUAUUUGCACUAAGCUGCUGUUUUUUAUGCUCGGUCACAUUCAUUGGCGAACCGUCACACUGGUCCUGUAUGUUACGCCGCACGGCGUUUGGUGUCUCGUUUGUCAUGUGUAUCUCUUGUGUUCUGGUCAAAACCAUUCUGGUGCUGUCGGCAUUUAAAGCAACACAUCCCAGCAGUAACAGGAUGAAAUGGUUUGGUCAAAGACAGCAGAGGAUAAGUGUCUUCCUCUUGGCGUCAAUACAGAGUUUAAUAUGCGUGCUUUGGCUGCUCAUUGAGCCUCCUUUCCCCGUGAUCAACACUAAAUAUUACCGCGAGAUGAUUAUUUUAGAAUGUGAUAUAGGAUCUUUUGUAGCCUUCUACUCUGCGUCGGGUUAUAUCGCCCUGUUAUCGUGCAUUUGUUUUAUCUUGGCCUUUCUCGCACGGAAGCUGCCAGAUAACUUUAACGAGGCAAAAUGUAUAACAUUCAGCAUGCUCAUCUUUUGUGCUGUUUGGGUCACUUAUAUUCCGGCCUCUGUGAGCUCUCCUGGGAAAUACACGGUGGCGGUUGAAGUGUUUGCCAUCCUGACGUCCAGUUUUGGAUUGCUGCUCUGCAUUUUUGCACCGAAGUGCUUCAUCAUCGUCGUCACUCCGGAGAGAAACACAAAGAAGCACAUUAUGGGUAAAGAUGGAUGA